UGUAUUUUGUGGCUCUAGUUUCAUUUCAGCCGCACAGUGAACCCACACGCUUGAAUCGCGCCACCUCAUCCACGUCGUUCGUUUCUCGGCGGCUGGUUGGCUAGUUUUAGAAAUUUGAGCCUUCUACGAUAUACGUCACACAACUUAUCUCUUUAUUCUAUUUUUCGAAAAUAAGAGAAACCACGAUUCGGGCGGUGUGUAUUUACCUUUGUGUAACGCUCGACGUUUUGCUGUGAAGUCGUGCCAUACACUCUACUCGUGUUGAUCAAGACUCACGAGUUCAGGUUUUAUUCCGAAAUUUUUGCCCAGCGCCAGCUGCAAGUGCAAUAAAAAUGUUCCAAAUCAGAAGUUUAACACGCAAUACCAAAAGUGCAGCACAAGCAGCAGCAUUACUCAAGCAAACUCAAGAAGUGGCACAUGCUGCAGCCCUUGUUCACUUACAAAAUGUACGUGGAUAUGCUGACCACCAAAUCCCGGACAGGCUUAAGGAUAUACCUACUGCAGCCAAUCCAAAAUUCUUUGACAUGGUGGAAUAUUUCUUCCAUCGUGCUUGUCAAAUAGUAGAAGACAAGCUGGUAGAAGAUGUUGGUAAAAGAAGCAGAAUGAGUAUUGAAGAGCGUAGAAAGAAAGUAAAGGGUAUUCUUAUGCUGAUGGAGCCUUGUGAUCACAUCUUGGAGACAACAUUCCCACUUAGACGUGAUUCGGGUGAUUAUGAAAUGAUCACUGGUUACAGGGCUCAACAUUCCACUCACAGAACACCUUGCAAAGGAGGUAUUCGAUUCUCAAUGGAUGUGUGCCGCGAUGAGGUCAAAGCACUGUCGGCUCUCAUGACGUUCAAAUGUGCCUGCGUUGACGUACCAUUUGGCGGGGCUAAGGCUGGCAUCAAAAUCAAUCCUAAGGAGUACUCGGACAACGAACUCGAAAAGAUCACCCGUAGAUUUACACUGGAGCUCGCGAAAAAGGGCUUCAUCGGGCCUGGCGUGGAUGUGCCAGCCCCGGAUAUGGGCACUGGUGAGCGUGAGAUGUCCUGGAUCGCCGAUACAUAUGCCAAGACCAUUGGCCAUCUCGACAUCAAUGCCCACGCCUGUGUCACGGGUAAACCCAUCAACCAAGGUGGUAUCCACGGACGUAUCUCCGCCACGGGUCGGGGUGUAUUUCACGGUUUAGAAAACUUCGUCAACGAAGCCAAUUACAUGAGCAUGAUUGGUACAACGCCCGGUUGGGGUGGCAAAACCUUCAUCGUGCAGGGCUUCGGCAACGUAGGUCUGCACACAAUGCGCUAUCUUCAUCGGGCUGGUGCCACGUGCAUUGGUGUCAUCGAACAUGACGGUUCGAUCAUUAAUCCUGAUGGCAUUGAUCCUAAGGCUUUGGAAGAGUACCGCUUGGAUAAUGGUAGCAUCGUUGGUUUUCCCCACGCCAAACCAUACGAAGGUGAAAAUCUCAUGUACGAGCCUUGCGACAUAUUCAUUCCCGCAGCCGUUGAAAAAGUAAUUACCAAGGAUAACGCCGGAAGGAUUCAGGCCAAAAUCAUUGCCGAGGCUGCUAAUGGACCAACAACGCCCGCAGCCGACAAAAUUCUCAUUGAGAGAAAUAUCCUUGUUAUUCCUGAUUUGUACAUCAAUGCCGGUGGUGUGACCGUUUCAUUCUUCGAAUGGCUCAAAGAUCUUAAUCAUGUAUCUUAUGGACGUUUGACUUUCAAAUACGAACGGGAAUCCAACUACCAUUUACUCGAAUCCGUUCAAGAAUCACUUGAGCGUAGAUUUGGACGCGUCGGUGGCCGAAUUCCAGUAACGCCUUCGGAAUCUUUCCAAAAACGCAUUUCUGGUGCUUCUGAAAAAGAUAUUGUUCACUCUGGAUUAGACUAUACCAUGGAACGAUCAGCUAGAGCAAUUAUGAAGACUGCGAUGAAAUUCAACCUGGGUCUUGAUCUGAGGACAGCAGCUUAUGUCAAUUCAAUAGAAAAGAUUUUUACAACUUAUUCCGAGGCGGGUCUUGCUCUAUAAGUCCGUUAAACUAGUCAUAAGUGGUUCACGCUCACCUUAUGCAGCUUUUAACAAAAUUACAAAUGGUACACAUUCACACAUACACAUACACUCACUGAAAUUUACAAUUCGCGUUACCAGCGAAUUUUCGAAUGGAACUCCAUAAUUAAAGCUAGAUUAAAAAAUAGUGAACAUGCGAAGCAGCCAUUCGAGUUUAACAGACCAGUAUUUAUGAAGAAGAUUAAGCAAUUUUAAUUGAAUCACUGUGAAAUUUGUAUAUUAAUUCUACAAUGUUUAUUGUUAUUUAUGAUAGUUUGAUUUUUAUCUGUAAUAAGAUGUCAGUGACGAUCUUUUAAGAUUAAUUCAUGGAUUUCACAUUAGGAUUUUUGUUGUAAACAUACAUAUCCUACUCGCAUUUAAAUAAAAUUUAAUAUACAUUAA